AUGGCUGAGCUCGUCUAUUCGGCUCAGAACUUUAUAAAUGCAGAAGAUGAGAUCAUAGCCAAGAAAAGGAAGAAAGCUGAAAGGAUGGAAGCACACCCAGCACGCCACUUAGAACAAGGCCCUCGUCCAAAGAAGGGACAAAUGGAAGAUAAGAAGGAACGAGAUAAUAGGAAGACGGGUCCCUUAGGAAGAAGUCAGAACUACACGCCUCUAAACGCUCCACUUGAUCAGGUGCUCAUGCAAAUCAAAGAUGACCCUUCUCUACAAUGGCCAGAGAAGAUGAAAGGAGAUCCUAAUAAGCGCAAUAAGAAUAAAUAUUUUCGCUUCCAUAGGGACCAUGGGCAUGACACGGAUGAAUGUGAUGACCUAAAGCAGCAAAUUGAGAAUCUUAUUAGACAAGAAAAGCUAAGGCACUUCGUUGGAAGGGAUCAUAAAGAUGAGAAGUUGAAGGGAAAAAUGGAGGAAUCGUCCUGGCCCCUAUUAAGAGAGAUAAGGAUUAUCAUAGGAGGAACCUCGACGGGGCAAUCUUCCAAGUCAAAGAAGACGUAUCUCAAAGUGGUGCAAAACUUCCAACUCUCUGGACAAUCACCAAGGACGAGAUCAAUGGACGAGCCGACUAUUUCAUUUACCGACGAAGAUGAUGAAAGGAUCCAUCACCCGCAUGACGAUGCAAUUGUCAUUACUCUGCUUAUUGCAGAUUAUACAACCAGGAAAGUGUUAUUUGACAAUGGAAGCUCAGCAGAUAUAUUGUACUCUGCCUUCCAACAGAUGAGGCUUGGGCGGGAUCAACUUCGUCCAGUGUGCUCACCAUUGAUAGGGUUCGGAGGAAUGAAGGUGCAACCCAUAGGCACCAUUACAUUACCUGUAAUGGUGGGAUCAUACCCGCAGCAGAUAACUAGGGAAGUCAAUUUCCUUGUGAUAGAUUAUUCAUCCUCAUACAAUGCCAUUAUUGGAAGACCAACUCUGAACAGUUGGAAGACGAUAACAUCUACCUACCAUCUAUCAGUCAAAUUCCCCACGGAGUACGGGAUAGGACAAGUACAAGGAGAUCAAUUGGCAGCUAGAGAAUGUUAUUUAGCCAUGAUGGCUUUGGACGAGCAGGUGUAG